CCCAACUAUGCUACUGGGUUGUUUAUAGAAUUAUAUUUCUUAUUAUAAAGUUAAUAAAAGGUUAUUUUCUAAAUUUUAAUUAAGCUACUUAUAGCACUACACACGUGUGACCAGUGAACUUUGCUUAUUGCUGAGGUAGGCUGAUGUGAGCUCAGUUAAAUACCCACUAUGACACGUACCCCACUUUACCUUACCCAGAGCAAUCACUGUUGCACUUGAUAAGACACUGAGCAGCACUGGAAGUUUUUUUCUGGCAGAGCAUUACACAUGGUUAUGAGAUGGGCAUGCCAACUUUUUGUGUUUGGGGGCAUCCCAAAUCAAGGACUUACGAAUGAGACAACAGCCUGUUUCACAUAUUAAAAUGCCGAAGCAAUAUCAUUUCUUUAAAAAGGGGGUGAGGGGUGGAUUGGAAGAUAAUUCAUUUUUCAUGUUAUGGGACCUUCUGGAGUCCUGGAUUUUUCAAAAUGAUUGGACAACAAUCUUCUUUAUAAUUUUUCUAGGAAUUAUUUUUGAGAUUGUACUCGUAAAAUUUUGUACAUCCUUUCACAAGAAGCCUACAUUUCCAGAAAAGGAUAGCUCAGAUACCCAAGAGGAGAAUGAAGACACAUGCCUGGAAAGCGUGAAAUUUGCAAGAGAUAAUUUGUUAGUUACUUGUUUAUCUUCAGAAGAAAGAGUUGAUGCUUCUUCAGAAAGAACAAUUACUUCAUCACUUGUAUCUGAAGAAAAUGAAGGUAACUUUGAAGAUACAGUUUCUUCGUCAAAUGAAAUCAUACGUGCAGGUAAUACUGAAAGCGGAUAUCAAGUAAGUCACUUAAGUGCAAGUGACAUGCCAUUGUCACUUGGGACUGUCUCAUCUUUGUCGUUAUUUCAUUCGGAAGUAAAGGAAUAUUUUCAAAGUCAUAGAAAAUAUCUAGAAAAUGAAUAUGGAACAAUACAAUUUUCAUCAAAGAAAUUAUUUUCAAUAAUGAAAGCCCACAAAAAUAAAAACUUAAGGUAUUCUUCUGAUCUCAACUUUUCAAGAACUCCUAGAUUAACUGUAGAAAAUGAAGAUCUAGAUGUGGCCCCAUGCCCUCCUGCCCACUUAUAUCUUUCCAGAGAACAAGUGAGGCUUCUGGAAGAAAAUGUGAGAAGUCAAAUUCCUUUAAAAUCAAAAGCUAUAUUAGAGAGUAAAUCUACUUAUCUAUAUUCAAGAUCUCAAGAGUCCUUGAUUCAGAAUCAACAUUCUGUUAGAAUGGGUAUUUCUGCCCAGGCACAAGAUUCUUUUUUAGGACAAAAUGCUAUACAGAAUCAAGCGCAGCAACUUGUUCAGAACCAAGAAUCAAUAAACAGCCAGCCUACUAUCCAGGUCAGAUACUUUGCUCAGCCUCAAGAUUUGAUGAGGAAACCAUUUUUCAGCAGCACACAAGACUUCUUCCAGAGCCAAGGCAUGGUGAGGAGCCAACAUUUGGUUAAAGUCCCAUAUUCUGUUGCGAUUCAAGAUUCAGUCAAGGGCCUAGAGUCUGAUGAAAAGCAUUUAGAGGAGGCUCAAUAUUCUGUGUGGUUUGAAGAUUCAAACAAGAAUAAAUACUUAAUCCACGGGCAAAAUACCAUUCUUGAGAAUGCUAAAUUUCUGGUUUUAACUCUAACUACAAAUUCAGUAGCUGAUGGGUUCCCACAACUAAACAGUGUAAAGCCAAAGGAGCAGCAGCGAGUUGCUUCAUCAGAGUCAAAGCCAGAUUCUGUAUAUAGCUCAGUGCCUCUUUCACCUACCAUAAAAAGGCCGAAAAACAGGAGAAAAACAUCAAAAAGAAAAAGUAAGCUCAGUCACAAAGUUCCAUCUCUAAAGGCAAAGAAAACACCAAUUUCAUGGGUAUUUCAAAUCACAGCAUGUCACCCUUCAAAAAGUAGCAAGGAGUUAGGAAGCAGCAGUCACAGUGAGAUGAAGGAAUUACAUCAAACUGAAGGUAUAUCAGAUACAGCUCUGCAUCUUAUUUGUGUUCCCAAGCGUGUUCCUCCUUACAUUAAAAAGUGUUUCAGAAAAAAACUAGUGAAAGUCGCGCCAGAUUUAACAAAAUGUAGACAUUUUCCCUGGAAGCAAAAUAAGUCACCAGAUACAGAGAAAAUAAAUUAUGAAGGAUCUUUUGAGGACAGAGAAAUCUCAGGCAAUAUUGAAAACGUAAAGCAGCAUGGCAAAGAAAAUAAAGGACUGAAAAAUAUUUCACUAGAAAUUCUACCUCAGCUCAAACAAUCUUUCAAGAUCAACACUUACCAAUUAAAAGCACCUUCGUAUUCAUUACUAGAAACAAGCUCAAAGAAUAAAGAGUCUCCGAAAGACCCAAGUGAUGUUGCACAGUUUCAUGCCCCAAAUAUGAAGACAACAAUUGACCUGCAUAUUCCAAAGUACGAGACACCUUUGGAAAAAGCUAUAUCUGAACCUAUGCAGAAAUUUGUUUCCUCUCCCAAAAUGGAGUCAAGCAGAAGCAAGAAAAUAUGUGAGGACCUAAAAAAUAUAGGUAAUUCCCUUGCUCAGAUUUCAAAAGAAGAGACUUUACUAACUAGUACAUUAGAAACGCAAAGGAGCCUUCCUAAGGAAAAUACACAAGAGCAAAAAGAUCUUCUAGAAAUUGUUGUGGAGACUUCAGAUGUCAAUUUGCGCAUUUCAGUAGGAACCAAAAAGCAUAAGAGCAGUGACAAAUUAGCAGGCGUAAAAAUUGAAGUGAGUAGAGAAGGUAUAAUUCUGAAGGAAAAGAAACCAUCAGUACUUAACAUUACAGACCACGAUAACCUGAGUUCAGGUGAGGAACUGGAAUGCAGCACUACUAGAAGCAACAUAAAAAAUGUGCAUCAAGAGAAAAUGCCAGAAACAUUUCAGAGUGCUGCUUGUGCUACCAUUUCUGAACCAUCUGAUUUGGAAAUGCACAGCAGAAUAAAGUCUGAGAAAGAUACAUCAAGAAGAAUAAAGCUCAGUCAUUCAGCAGUAGAGCAAGAGAGGUCACCGGGCGAAGAGAAAGUAUGUAAUACAAAAUACAUUGAUAAGGAAUAUAUUCGAAACAUUUAUAAAAAUUCACAUCUCUGUGACAGAGAGGAAGAACAAGAAGGUUUACAAGAAGCAGCUCCACAAUUGACAAAAGAUGUCAAGACAAGCACACAUCUAAAGCAGCAACCCGAAAAUGCCAGAUUUGAAAUGGAACAGAGCUGUUCAGGAAGUAGAAAAACCCCAAGUAAAGAGCAAGCAGGACAACCACAGACACUUUUUACAGGAACUAUUUUGGAGACUACUCCAUGCCUCACAGCGGAUCCGUUUCAAGUUGAGAGGCUGAAGCAAAGCACAAACAGACAUACAGGCGGAGAAUAUACUGUAGACCCACAGAAUCCACUUACGUUGCCAGAGAAUUUAUCAAUUGGGCAACUUUUAAGUGAAACAACAGAGUGUGAUGUCCCACUUGGUGGAAACCUUAGAAUGUCACCAGAGAGUCAUGUUGCCGAAAAAAGGGGAAACUUAAAAAGCGUUUUACCUGAAGUUGCUCUGGGGUCUUUUAAUAUCCACGUGCUUAUGUUAUCAUGUUUUAAAAGGCCAAACAUCAGAAAAAAAUUAUCAGGAAGAAAAAAUGUACCCAGUCACAAAUAUGUAAUUAUGAAAGCAAAGAAGCCAGCCAUCUCAUUGAUGCCAUACAUCAGUGAACAGGGUACUCCAAGUCAUAGAAACAAAUUGGGAUACAAUUUAAAAAAUAUAAUUAAACAAAUUCUACAAGGCAAAACUGUGGCAUAUGUGCUUCCUGACAUGGCUAUUUUGCCUAAUAGUAGAAUGUAUAGCAGAUUAAGUGCAGAGAAUCAUAGUCAUACCAAGCUAAAGCAAGAGGAAUUACAAGUUGAAAGGGAAGAAAGGUGUUCAGAUUCUACCAAUAAAGGAGGUACCUCUAGAGACACACUAGAAACUAAAUUACAAAAUGAAGUGAACAAAGAAGCUCCACCAAAAGUAAUUUCUCGCGAUAGCUGCCAUCUCAGAUUUGAUGCAUAUCCAGUGAAGGACCUUAAAACAGAAAAAGAAAUGCAGCAAAAAAUCCCAUUCACAGAAACCACUAUGGAGUCCGUUUACUCCCCCAUAAUGGAUCCAUCUCCUGUUGAGAAGAUGCAGAGAAGCUUAACACCACCACCGGACAUAAAACGUACUGAAGGUUCUAAGAUAUCUCCUCCAACAUCAGGAAAAUCACUGACUGGAGACCCUGUAAACCAAACAAGAGAAAGUGAUGCUGCAGAUACUAGAAGUUAUACAAGGGAAAUAGGUUACAAUAUUGCAGAAAAAACAGAAUUACCAAAAGAUUUACUAGCAUCGUUCCCAGAGACUUUUAUUUUCUGCAUGCCUGCCGAACCUCGUUCUAAAGGACAGAAAAACAGAAAAAGAUUAGCACGCUUGAAAAGUACAGUGAGGCCCAAGUAUGUACCUAGGAAGGCAAUGAGGCCAUCAAUUUCACAAAUAUUUGUUAUCAUAGCAUCUCGUAACUUUGGUCAUAGAAAGCCAUUGGGAUUCCACUUUAAGACCAAAGUUAAAAAGAUAAACCAAGAUAAAGGCCUGGUAGAUGAACUUCCAAAUACCAUUUGCUGUCCCAUGCAUGGCAGAUUAGAAGCAGAGACAAACAGGUGCAGUCACGCUCAGUUAAAACAAAGAGAACUAGCAGAUAAAGAGAGAUCAGAGUAUGCCGAUUCCUCUGAUCAGAGGAGCGUAUCCUACGACAGAGAAGAAGAAGUGCACGGUGGAGAGGAAGAAGAACAGAAAGCUUCACCGGAAGCAGCUCCGCAGCAUACCCAGCACCCCAGAUCUGAUGCACAUCAAAUUCAGGAGAUCCACUCAGCACUGAACUGUUUAUCACAGAAGCUGCCUGUUGAUGGGCAAGGCGUUCAGCACCAAGCACGUCUUCUACAAACUGUUUUGGAGGCUAGCCCCAUAGUGGAUCCUAAAGAAACUGAAAAACUACAGAAAGCCAACAAACCAGAGAAUGACAUAAAAGUCCCUGCGGCUCCAGAGAUUCCACCUCCAAAAGCAGGGGAUUCACCACUCGAUAAACUUUUGAACACGACAACAGAGCAUGGUUUACCAUCUGGUGGAAAUCCUAAAAGGGAAUUGGAUUCUUAUUUUGUGGAAGAAAAUUCAGAGUUACCAAAAGAUUUGCAGCUGACACCCUUGCAGUCUUCUGAUUCCUUUAAAUCUUUGGUUUCUGAAUCUAAAAGACAGGAAAACACAUUAGCAAGCAAGCAAAGAGCAAUGAGUUGCAAAUGUACAACUAUGAAGGCAAAAAAGCCCCCAAUUUCACGUAUUCUUAAUGGAAGAUACAGCAAGCAAUGCAAUGUUUACAUGAAGACGAAAGAGCCACCGCAAAGUAAAAAUGUACAUGACGUCAGUCACUCCAAAGUGCCUGUUUUGCCCAAUAUCAAAACGAGUACCAGCUUAAAUGAGACAGAUAUGCAAAUGAGACAGAUAACAAGACUUGGUCAUAUGCAGCCAAUCCAGGAUAAAUCACCAAAUGGAAGAAAAAUAUGGUUCCCAGAUUCUAUUGAUAUGAGUAGUAUAUCCAGCAGCAUGAAAUGUGAAAAGGAAGAGGAAGGAAAACACAACGCUUUACCAGCUCCAGAGAAUAACCAACACUCCAGGUUCAGUGCAUAUGAGAAGAAGCAUCCUGAGCUUGUCAAAUCAGACGAGGAACCAGGCCAGCUAGAAAGUGCCGAUAUUCAGAUACAACCACAAUCGUGCAUUACACAAACUAUUUUCGAUUCUACUUCAUACCCUAUAGUAAGUCAGUUUCCAUUUGAAAAGCUAGCGAAACGUGCUAGUAUUUCACCUCCAAAGUCAGGGGAGUCAAAGGUGGAUGAGAUCAUACUUUCUGCAAGAGAAUGUGGUAUCCCAUCUGAUGGAAACCAUCAAAAGGAACAGGGUGGUGGUGUUAAACAGAAAAAGACGGUGACUUUUGAUGUCUGUAUGCCUGCUUUAUCUCCGUUCAUGGGGGAGAAAAACUUCAAAAAAUUUUCAGACAUAAAAACUUCGGUGUAUUCCAAAUACAGCAUUAUGAGGGCAAAGAAACCAUCAAAUUCCCACAUGCUCAAUAUCAAGGGUGAUGCUAGCUCAGACCCUAGAAAAGAACUGGAAUGUAACUUGGCAACCAAAAUUACAGCAAUAAAUGAAGGUAAAAAAGUGGUGGAUAAAACGUACCCUUUUAUAGCUAUUACACCUGACAUUAAUAUGUAUAGCAAAAUAGAAACAGAAAAAGACAUGUUAGGAGGAAAAACACUCAGUUCUACACAAGUAAAGCAAGAGAUACCAUCACAUGAAGGAAAUAUUACUUCAGAUGACACCAAAGAAACCAAUCUUCAAGAUGGAGAAGAAAGUGAACAGGAGGCAUUAUUAAAAGUAAUUCCACAAUUCAGUCAACAUUUCAUAUUCUCCUCAGGUCAGGCAAAAGGGCUUGACCUUGACGAAUCAGAAAAGCAAGGAAGUAGGGGAGUUUUGUUUGUUACAGAAAUAGAUGUACCACAGCAGGUGCAGCCCCCAGAUCCAAUUCCGUUUGAAGAGCCAAAGAAAAGCCUCCAGAAACAAAAUGGCACAAAGUGUACAAUGAGUUCAAAGCAUCCUCCUCUAGAGUCAGAGGAAUCCCUAAAAAUUGGCGACGUAUUAAUUGGUGCGAUAAAAUGGGGUGCCCCAACAGAUAGAAGCCACACAGGGGAGUUGCACAGCCCUGACAAAGAAGAAAAGGCAGAAUUAACUAAUCUACAAGCAACUGUCCUAGAGCCUUUGGAUUUUGCUACACCCGAUCUAUCUGAAUCUGAAAGGCAAAGAAAGACAAUUAAAUAUAGAGCCUUCAAAAACAAAAAAAGUCUCAAAUGUGCAAUUAUGAAGGCAAAGAAGACGCCCAUUUCACAGAUAUUUAACAUCCCAGGGUGUGGUUAUCGAAAAAAUCUACCUUUGAAGACCCAGAAAUCACACGUUGUUGAACUUUUAAUUCAUAUAAGAGACUCUGGGGUCCCAUCUGAUGAAUUUCAGAGGAGGGUUCUGGAAGAUCUAACUGCAGAAAAAAAGGAAGGACUAGCGUCAGAAUUACUGGCAACAAUUCUGAAGUCUUUUGAUUUCUCCAUGCUUGCUUUGCCUGUAUCUAAAAGAGAAAGAAACUAUUUAAAACUUACAGACAAGAAAAAUAAAAUGAGUCCCAAAUGUGCUACUUUGAAGGCAAAGAAGACACCAAUUUCCCAGGCAUUUAAUGUCACAGGAUGUGGCACACCAAGCAACAGAAGGCAAUUACAACUCAACUUCAAAACCAUGAUGAAACAAGGUAAGCUUGUGGCAGAUAUAUUCCAAAAUGUCAGAUCCUCUCCUGUACCUAUUUCACUUGGCAUUAAAAUGCAUAAUAAAAUAAAGGUAGAGACAAACAUGCUGUGUAAAACAGGAAUCAGGCAUGAAUUGCAACAACAAGAGCCAUCACCCAAUGAAGAGAGAACCUGGUGUGUAGAUUCUAGUGAUAAGAAAGGCAGUAUAUCAAAUGGCACUAAAGAAGUCAAAGACCCAGGUAGGGAGGAAGAGAAUGCUGAAGGCUUACUGGGAGCAGUCCCGCUGAAUUCCCAACACUUCGGUUUCAAUAUUCACGAAAUGAAGGAGUCUAACAUCGUGAAAUCAGACCUAGGAAUGAAAACUUCACAAAGUGAAAAAAUCCCAGAACCAAUUACUACGGCUCAAGAACUACAGCGACAAACACCUGCCACGCGAAAACUAUUAAAGACUAUUUCUUAUUCUAUUUUGGAUUCAUUUCCACUUGAGAUGCUACAAAAAAGAAUAAAAACACAAAAAAGCUUUAAAAAUACGGGGAGUCCAAAGAUUCCAUAUUCAAUGUCAGAGAAAUCAAUUAGUGAGUUUUUACAUGUUACGACAAACAGCGACAUCCCCUUUGAAACAGGCCCUAGAAAGGAAUCUGCUAGUUCUAUUCCAGAGGAAAAGAUGAGGUUACAAAAAGAUUUACAAGUGAGAACUCUACAGAUUUUUGAUCUUCCCAUGCCUGUAUUAUCAGAAUCUAAAGGACAGAAAAACACGGCACAGUUAUCAGACAGAAGAAGAAGUACAGUGAGUACCAAAUGUGUAACUUUGAAUCCACUAAAGCCACCAGUUGCACAAAUGCUUAGUGUCACUACAAGUGUCAACCCAAACCAAGGAAAAAAAGAGAAAUGCAACUUUGAAGUCAAAAUGAAAGAGAUGCAGCAAGGGAAAAGUGUGCCAGAUGCCUUUUUAAGUACUCAUAUCUCUUCUGUACCAGUUUCACCUGACAUUAAAACUUAUGAUAACAUAGAAAUAGAGACAGACAGGCUAAGAAAAACAAGAUCCAGUCAGGUACCACGUACCUAUUCCAUCGAUAAGGGCUGUACCUUAAAUGACAGAGAAGCGAAAGUGCAGGAAGAGAAAGAGGACAAAGCUUUACUGGAAACUUUUCCAUACUGCACCCAACAAGCCAUGUCCUCUGAGUAUCCAAAGAAAGAGCCAGGCCUUGUUAGACUGGAUGCAGAUUUGAACAGUUCAGAAAGUAGAAAAAAUCAAGAACUGUUUGCUGCAGAGCAAGAGAUGCCACGACAAACAGCUUUCCCGGAAACAAAUUUAGAGACUAUAUCUCGCAUUCUAAGGGAUGUGUUUCAAGUCAAGACAUCAGAAAAAAACAUCACAACACAAAAAGGUAUAACAUAUGCAGUAGAUCCAAACGUUUCACCUCAAACUUUAGGGGAAUCAGCAAUUGAUGUACUUUCACACAAGAAAAUAGAUAAACCGUGUGAGGGAAGCCGUGGAUGGGAACUUGAUGGUCAUAUCGUUGAAGGAAAGGCAAGCAUACCAGUCUUCAAGUCUUUUUAUUUCUCUAGGCCUGCUUUAUCUGAAUUUCAAGGGCAGAGAAAUACAGCGCAAAUCUCUAAGUGUGUACCUGGGAAAGCAGAGAUGCCAUCAAUUUUAGAGACAAUUAAUAUCACUAGGUGUGGUGCCCUGAGCUAUAAAAAGAAACCAGAAUGCAAGUUUAAAAACAUGGUCAAAGAAAUAUCUCAAGGCGUAUCGAAUAUAUUCAUGAAUUCCUAUCUUUCUGUCACACCUGUUUCGACUGAUAUAAACGUCGAUGUUGAAACACAUAGCAGAUCAAGAGAAGAGACAGAGGAAGCAAGAGUAAAAAUAUACAAUUCUACUCACCCAGAAUUAGGGCAGUCAUCACGUGAUGGGGAAGCGUGGAAGGCCAAUUUGACUGAUAAGAAAAGCAGAUCAAGCAACACAAGGAAAAUGAAUAUGCAAUAUGAAAAGGAAGAGAAAAACCUUACAAAAGUGUUAGCAGAAUCAGUUUCACACCUCAAUGUCAGUGCACAUCAAAUGAAAGAUACUGGGAAACCAGAAUCUGAACUGAAUAGUUCAGAAGGCAGGAAGACACAGGAUUUGCUUUGUACAGUGCAAAAGAUGAAGCAAGAAACAGGCUGUAGAAAAACUGGAUUGAAGCCUGUUUCUGGACACGUGAUGAAUUUUCUUCAAGUUGAACCAGUGAAAGAAGGUCUCCAUACACCAGAAGAAAUAAAAUAUAUGGUAGAUCUAAAGACUCCGUUUCCAAAUGCAGAGAAAUCAGAGAUUGGUUUAAUGCUAUAUGAUACUCCCUGGGAUGCAGUUCCUAGAAAGAAAUGGGGUAGUCCUACUUCUGAGAAAAGGGCAUUAAAUCAAAAAGACUCACUAACAACGGUCUUAAAACCUUUAGGUUUCAUUGCCCUCAUUUCAUCUGAACCUAAAAGCCAGAGCUACACAGAUUUUGUAGGCAAGAAAAGUAUAAUGAGUCCCAAGCAUGUAACAUUGAAGGCAAAGAAACUACCAAUUUCACAGUUCGUUAGUAUCCCAGUGUUUCACACAGGAGGUCAUAAAAAGAAAAAGCAGCACAACUUUAAGGACAAGAUGAAAAAGAGGCAACAGAAUGCAAGUGUGGGGGAAGCAUUACACAGCACCACUCAUCCUCUCAUGUCUGCGUCACCUGAUGUGAAAAUAAUUAAUGUAUCAACAGCACUCCCAGACAUUCCUAGAGUAGACAUAUUCAGUGAUCAUCAGCUAAAGGAAAAUAAACCGUCAGAUGAAGGUGAAGCUUGCUCUAAAGAUUCUAUUGAGAAGAAAUGCACGCCAAGAAUCACAACGGAAGCAAACCUGCAAGAUAAAAAGGAAGACCAAAAGGACAAAGAAGCAUUAGUGCAUCAGAGUCCAGUUUCAUUACAAAUACAGAUUGUGAAGGAGAGCAUAAAAGCACAAGAGCUCAUAAAAUGUAGAGAAAGCCCAAAGAGUUCACCUCCAAAACCAGAGAAAUCAGUGAUUGAAGAAGUGUCUGCGGGCACAACAGAGAAUGGUGCUUCUUGUGAUGAAAGCCCUGGGAGGAAUAUGGGUGGUCAGAUUAUAGAAGAAAAGGCAGGGUUUCCAAAAUGUUUGCCAGAAAUUGUCCGGGAGCUUUUUGAUUUAUCGGUGCCUGUUUUAUCUGAAAGUAAAAACCAGAGAAGUACAGUACAGCUACGAGACAUGAAAAGAACUAUGAAUUACAAAUAUUUAACUACGAAGGCAAAGAAGCUGCCAAUUCCACAGUUAUUUUAUGACACAGGAUGUAGUUCUCCAAGCCAAAGGGAGGACCUAAAAAGUAGGCAUAAAUACAACAUGAAACUGACCUUACAAGAGAAACACGAAGCAGGUGCAUUUCUGAAUAGCAGUCGUUCUCCCAUGCCUGCUCCAUCUGACAUCAAAGUGGAUAAGAAAUUAAAAGCAGAGGUAGACAUGUCAAGACAAACAAUCAAUCUCACACAAAUAAAGCAAGAAAAAUCAGAUGACAGGAAAGCAUGGGAUACAUAUCCUAGUGAUAAAAGAAGGCCCUCAAGAGAUACAAUCAAAGAAACAGUGGAAGAGAGACAGUGCCAAGAAAUUGUACCAAAAGAAGUCUCACCUUAUAUACAAUCAUUCAAGUCUGAUACAUACCAGAUAAAAAAGCCUGACCAGGUCAAAUCAACAAAUGAAAGGUAUAGUCCAGGAAGAAGAAGAGUUUGGGAUUGUCUCGUGAGAGAACAAGAUGUGCAGCAACAAAUGUCAUUUCCAGACGUUGUUUUGGAUUCCCCGCCCUGCCACAUAGUGAAGGAAAGCCAUCAAAUACCAAAAGGAAUACCAGUUACUGACCCUGCUAAGAUUCCACCACCCAAAUUAGUGAUUGAUAAACUCUCAUUUGAUACAACAGAGAGGGUUACUGAGUCUAAUGGAGCACGUCCAAAAAAUCUGAGGAGUUAUAUUGCAGAGGAAAAGAGACAGUUACCACAACAUUUAGGAACAACUUUCGUGGAGCCUUUAGAUUUCCUCAUGCCUGUUUUAUAUGACUGUAAAAGCCAGAUAAACCCAGUACAGAUAUCAGAAAAGAAAAUUAUAAUGAAUCCCAAAUGUCUAAGUAGGAAGGAAAAGAAGUCACCAAUUUCACAGAUACUUAAAAUCAAUGGACAGCUCCUUACAAAACAGAAGAAGAAGCUGGAAUCCGAUUUUAAAACCAAAAUGAAAGAGAGGUUUAGAGGAAAAAAUGCGGUUGGUACAUUUCCAAAUACCAUUUACUUCACACCAGAUACCUCUGCCAUUAAAAAGCAAAGAAGAUCCAAAACAGGGACAGACACAAUAAGAGUAUCAAAGUUUAGCCGUCUACAGCUGCCACAAGCAGAAGCACCAGUUGAAGGGAUAGCAAGGCAUUCACAGUCCACUGGGAAGAGAAGUGCUUCAAACAUUUUAAAGGAACCAAAACUACAUGAUGGAGAGAGUGAGGAAGAAAAGCAAGAACACCUAAUAGAAACAGGUCCAGUGUAUACCAAAACCUUCAUGGUAAAUUCGUAUCUCAUAAUGGAAUCUGAUCCUGGCAAAUCACAAGAUGCCAUUUUAGGUGAAUCUUUUUCCCCUAGAAGUCAGAGCUACAAAGGGAACCCAGAAGAAAAAUUAGAAAUAAAAAAAAAUAUGAUAGGGAGUCUCAAGAUUGGACUCCCCAAAAUGGAAAAGUCAGAAAUUUGUGAAGGACUGAGUAAGCCGACAGGUGCCCCUACAUCCAGUCAAUCUGGUAAAAAGAUAAUUGGAAAUUCCGUUGUAAAAGAAAGAGCUCAAUACAGCAGUUUAGCAGGAAUUGUCCUAGAUUCUGUUGGCAGACAUUUGCCUGCUUCAGAAAAAAUUAAAAGACAGAAUGGUAGCCUAAGAAUAGCUGGCAUGUCUAGUGCAAGUCCCAAAGGUAUACCUUUGAAGGUAAAGCAGUCACUUAAUACCACAGGCCAUUCAACUGGAAGCAUUAAUAAAAAACAGGAACAGAACUUUAAAGCCCAGACGAGGGAAAGAGAGAAAGACAAAGCUGUCUUCAAUGCAGAGUUAAAUUUUAUAUGCCCGUCCAUACCUAUUUCACCACACAUAGAAAUGGAGCAGUCACCUAGUAUGUGGGAUAUAUAUGCAGGACCUUCUGAUACAAGAAGUGUCCCAAAUAAAGCAAAACUGAGAGAGAAAGGAGAGUAUGGGCAACGGCUUUUGUUUGCAACAGCUUCACAGUCUACCCAGCCUUCUGGGUUUGGGGCAGAUCAAAUGAGAGAGCCUGGUCCUUUCAAAUUGGAAGUACCCUUCGUCAAUACGCGAUGCCCCAAGGACAUCACUCCUAAGAAAACAGAAACUGGUUUAAUAGAACAAGAGACAAAGAUGGCAGUUGUAGAAGAGAUUAGUCCAGAGUCUGGUUUUUUCUCUAAAUUAUGCCAGCCUCACACUGAAAAGCAGAAGAUAGAAUUUAAAACUGCAAACUGGAAAACAAUAACAAAUCCAAAGGUAGUGGGUCCAAAGGCAGAGAAAUCAUUAAUUGAUGCACGUUUUAUUGAUACAAUAGAGUGUGGCGAUUCAUUACAGCACAGAGAAGGAAAAGAAGCAGAAAGACGAGGCCAUCUUGUCCUGCACGGGAAACAGCAAGAGUCAAGCAUCUCAGGAAAUCUCUGGGAUUCUGUUUAUGCUGACACACCUACAUAUCCUGAAAUUACAAAACAUAAAAGUAAGGCAAAAAUAGCAAAUGUGAAAAAUACUAUGUGUAUCAAACAAGUAAAACUGAAGACAAAGAAAGCACCAGUUUCCCAGGGGCUCAACACUCUUAGGAAUGGUGCUAGAAACAAUAAAAAAUUGAGAUGUAACAUUAGACAGGAAAAGCCAUCCCAGCAGAGUGAAAAUGUAGUAGAUCUAGUUCCGAAAGCUGUUUAUGAGUCUGUACACUUGACUUCUCACGUUCAAAAGCACACAGAAGAAAUAAAUAUGGAGGAAGACAAGCCUAAAGAGGACGUACUCAUUUUUCCACAGCUAAAGCUAGAGAAACCACUCAAUGGAAGGCAGAUGUUAUCUUCGGGGUCUGUUAAUAGGUCCAGCAACAUUAAAAACCUCAAACAAUAUAUGAGAGAACAAAAAGGCCAGAGCGUCUUAGUAGAUGUGCCCCAACCAUGUAUGGAACAGUUAAGGAUUAGGUCACAACAAAUGAAGAGGCGUCAUGUCAAAUUCGAGGUAGAUUUGCAGAGAAAGGUGUGCUCUGAGCCACCGUCACAGGUAGAAGAACCUGAUUACAUUGCACCAAGAAGUAGAAGAGGAGCAGUCUUCAUUCAAGGGCAAGAGGCCCAGGAACAGAAUUUUCUUCUGAAGCAAGAAAUGCAGAAACUAGAAAUGAUUCCUGAGACCAGCCUGGAAUCUCUUCCUUGCCCCAUGAAGGAAUCUCUUCAUUUAGAAAAGACAAUAGGAGUUAAAACAAAACAAGACUUAACAUUCUCAAUUCCACAGAAGAAAAAAGGAUUGACGUUAACUAAGGGCCUAUCGAGUUCAAAAGCAGAAUUUCUUAUCCCAGAGGUAAAAGCCCAGCAACAGAAGCCUUUCACAGGAAUUAUUCCAGAGCCCAUGUCCUCUUGCAUACUGGAUCAGCUUCACACUGAAACGCCAAAGGAAGAUGUAAAAAUAAGAGAUAUAAUUUUAAACGUUUCAGGUCAAGAGGUAAAGAAGAUAUCAAACAACGCAAAUAUUUCAAGUACGGAUCAUAUGUCAAGAAGUACAGAAGAAGUACUUUUGCUUAUUAAAGAACAGGAGAAGAGGAGGAAAAAAAUUGGGAAGAAGAAAGAAUUUAAAAUAGCAGCAGACAUGAAAGCAAAAGUAGGUUUCAGUCCAGUUCUAGAAUAUUCACCAGGUGGAGCACAGCUUAUUAACACAACAGAGCAUCUUGGCACAUUCAAACAAAGAGAUGGAAAGGAAUUGAACAGGAUCUUGGCCACACAAGGGGAACAGCACAGGUUGUGCGGUCCAGGGAUUAUCUUGGAUUCUGUUUAUACAAAGGUCCACAUUUCUCCUGAAGCUAUAUGCCACAGAGAUAAAAGAACAGAUAUCAUGAAAAGCACCAUAUAUCCCAAAAGGAAAAAUAUGAAGGCAAAGAAAACACUUGUUUUCCAGCUACUUAAUAUUACAGGAUCUGGAGCCCAAAGCAGUAAAAAGGAACUAAGAUGUAACAUUAAGAAACAGAAGAAGGAAUUCCAGCAAGGCGAAAAUGUAGCCAAUUUAGUUCUGAAAACUACUUGUGACUCUGGAUAUAUUCCAUCUCACUUUAAAGGGUUCAUAGAAGAAAAAAGGGAAAAAGACAAGAAAAGAAAGCCGAUCCCCAUUCCUCCACAGCUAAAGCUGAAGAAAUCAGUAAAUGAAAGAAAAACGUCAGCCUCAGAGUCCAUUUAUAAGAGUGAUUUGUCAAGAAAUGUUAAAAAAACAAAGCACUGUAUUAGAAAGCAAAGAGAGAGGCACCAAACUGUUUUAUUAGACAUUCUCCCACAACAUAGAAAUCAGUUAGUGAUUAGCAAACUGAAGAAGGAGCCCAACCAGCUCAAGUUAAAAGUAGAUUUGGAAAGAGAAACAUAUCCUGAUCUCUCUUCACAAAAAACGGAAAUCAAUUACACUUGGUUUGACAUCCCAAGAAUUAGAACAAAUACGGAAUUUGAAGUUCUUAUUAAGCAAAAAUUAAAGGAAGGUGAUGCAGACAUUGCCAAACAUUUAUUUUCAAUUCCAAGGCCAGAGAAAACUGAUACUUCAUUAAGUUCAAAAGUACAAAAUACGCUUUUUACAGAGAUGGAUACAUCUCAACAGAAGGCUUACAAGCAGCAAGAACUGCUGAAACAAGAAAGUAUUUCAGCAACAAAUCUGAGUUCUGUUACUUGCCCCCUUAUGGACCCUCUUUCUUUGGAAAACACCAGAGAGUUGACUAAGGAAGAAGAUGUGUAUGUUAACAGAAGAAAUAUUUUGCAUCCAUUGGAAAGAACAAGAUUAACGGACACUGACAUUUUGCGAGGUUCAGAAGGACAGAAAUUUCUUUGUACAAAUCUGGACUUCCAGCAAGAAAUAUCUGGAGUACAGGAAGGAGAUGCGAAACCAGAUCACAGUCCUAAAAGUAUUUUGAAUUCUCUGUCUUUCCCCGAUAGGGAACCUCUUCAUUUAAAACGGGCAGUAAAUAGAAAAAGGAAAGUAAAUGUUAGCAUCUCUAUAAAUUUAAAUGUAAAUCCAUGGGGAAAAGAAGAAUUAAAGCUAACAAAUAUUCCAUUGAAAUCAAACAGACAGAGAAUGAACUUUUCAAAAAUGUUGGAAGCAAAGCAACCAAACCUUCCUAAAGAAAACAUUCUAGAAUCAAUUUCCUCUUGUAUAUUACAUCAGUUUCAUACUGAAAAGCUAGAGGAAGAAGUAUCGGCAAAGGAAAUGAGUUCAAAAGUUUCGAGUCCAAUGGUAGAGAAAUUACCAAACAAAUUAGAAAGCCCAGUGAAUCAGCCUCCAAAUUCAGGAAGAAUUAAUUUGCAUAACAGAGGAAGCGAAGACCAUCAACAAGAAAGUACCUGCAAGACUAGUCCAAUGUUUGUUUCUCCCUCUUCAAUGGAUAUACUUCAGAUUAAAACAGCACAGGUAACAAAAUCAUUAAAGGCAGGAGAUAACCCAUUGUGUCAUACCUCAAAUACGGAAGGAAUCAGCUUACUUAUUGCUGGAAAUGAAGAAGAGCAAGCAGAAAGUAUACACCAGACUUUUCCAAAGCCAGCUUCUAACUCUUUAAUGGCUGUACUUCAAAAUCAGACACCAUGUGUAAAGAAAGCAUCAAAAGAAGUAAUCAGUGCCAUGGAUCACAUUCUGAAUGAGGAAGAAAUUGGCUUGCAUAUUGCAGAAAAAGAACAACAACCAGAAAGUAUACACCAGACUAUUCCAAAGCUGGCUUCUUACUCUUCGAUGGAUCUACUUCAAAGUAAGAUCCUCUGUGUAAAAGAAGCACCAGAAGAAGUAGUUCGCAUCAUGGAUCACACUCUGAGUACAGAAGGAAUUGGAUUGCUUAUUACAGGAGACGUAGAAAAGAAAACAGAAGGUAUACACCAGACUGUUCUAAAGCCAGCUUCUCAUUCUUCAAUGUAUAUACUUCAAAGUCAGAUACCAUGUGUAAAGAAGGCAUCAGAAGAAGUAGUUAACGUCAUAGAUCACACUUUGAAUGCAGAAGAAAUUGGCUCAGUUCUUACAGGGAAAGAACCACCAGAAGGCAUGUGCCAAACUAUUCCAAAGCCAACUUUUCCCUCUUCAAUGGAUGUCAUUCAGAGUCAGACACCAUGUGUAAAGAAGGCAUCAGAAGAGGUAGUUAGUGUUGUGGAUCACACUCCAAAUGCAAAAGAAAUUCGCCUACUUAUUACAGGAAAGAAAGAACAGCAUGAAAAAUAUACAUAUAAGCCUCUUCCGAAGCCUGCAUCUCACUCCAAAAUAGAUCUACAGGAAGUUAAUAUCCCAAAUCAACCAGUAACAUUAGACAACACGAAUAUUAGGGAUUUUGCAUAUGCAACUUCACAGGCCAAAGAAACGUUGGAACAAAUGGACGACAUAGGUGUGUAUACUCAAAAAAGUAAAACAAGACAAGAGCAAAAGCAGCAGCGCCUGUCAGGUUUAGGAGAGAAUUUUCAGGAGCAUAUGCCUUACCUUAAAAAUGAUCCCUGUCUCCUUGGAUAUUUAAUGCUCCAGGAAAAGGAAGCAUUGUCGGAAGUAGGUAACCUGUCAAGCAGGGCAGAAGGAUUAGGCUUGUUUUGUAAAGAUCAACUAAAUGCCGUAUGUGAGUAUGGACCAGAGUACAGAAUGCCCUCGAUUAUUCCAAGGCAAAUUAAAAAACCAAACAAAAUGUUGCCUUUAGAAUCAUGCAAUAAAACUGUAAAAUAUCUGAAUGCUUCACUUCCAGGAGGAAAGAAAUUACCCGAAGGGGCACAAGUAAUGAGUUCGAUAUCAAAUAGUAGUAGUUCACCCAAGCUAAGAGUUAGAAAGAAGGUGAAAUCACAUAAUGCAAUUCAAAAGGUACAAAAUGAAGCAUGUCUACGUGGAACUUCUCCACAUUUUCUGUAUGUUUGUAUGCCUAUUUUGCCUGAAAGUAAAAGACAGAAGGAUAGUAUAAAAAAAGGAUAUAAAGACAUAGCCUGGCCUGAAAGAAGAGCUUUAAAGUCAAAGAAAUCAGUAUUUACACAUAUACUUAAUACUACUGACCUUGGUACCCCAAGCAACAGACCAGAACUGCAGUGGAACAUAAAAGAGAAAAUGGCAAAUAUAAAACAUAGAAACGGUGAGUCCGAUGUGGUUGUGAGAAAAAUAUAUGAUUCCAUAUCUUCUUCACCUUACCUCAAAUGGAAUAAAAAGACAAUUGACGGAGUUAUCUCAAGUACUGUAAGAAGAGAAAAACAAUAUAUAUUGAAGAAAGAGGAGAUGGAUGGAGUAAAAGCAGUUGAUAUGAAAGGAAUAAUGGACCCCAAGGUUGUAAUAUUGAAAGUAAGGGAAUCACCCCUGUCACAUAUACUCAAUGAAAGAGACUUGUUGUUGCAGUUGAGCAUUAAAAAGCAAGGCAGCAAACUGCAGAAAGAUAAAGGCAAAUCAGGUAUAAAACCAACAAGCUUAUGUGCUUCUUUACCAUCUCCAUCACAUUUUAAUUUGAAGUCAAGAAUAAAAGUAGAGAAAGAUAAACCAGAAAUACUAAGAAGCUGCCUUUCAUCACUAAAGCCCCAGGCAUCAUCAGAUAUCAGGGAAAUGUCAUAUGCCGAGUCAAAUAGAGAUUUUUUAAGCAAUGGAGCAAAAUUAGAACAUCUGCCACAGAAAAAGGAAGAGAGAGGAAAUGUGUUAUAUGUAAAAGAUUUAAUGGGCCUCAAAUGUAUCCCUUUGAAAGCAAAUAAAACACUUUUCAAAUAUAUAUGUUAUGGAGAGGAACCACAGUGGAGCAUUAAAGAACAAGAAAAAAUGAUGCAGGAAGGUAAAGGUCAUCUAGAUGCAGUUCUGAGUAAACCCUGUGCUUCCAUUCUUUCUCCACCUCACCUGAAACGGGAUACUAGGAUAAAAGAAGAGGAAGGCAUGCAAGGAAUAACAAGAUUUGGUUGUUCACCACUAACACUCCAGGAAUUACCCGAUACAGUGAAAACACAUGAAGAGCCAAUUGAUGAUCUUUUAAGCCAAAUUAGAAAAGCAAAACAUAUGCCACAGAAAGAUGAAGGUAGAGGGGAAAUGGCUUUGGAAGAAACAACACAUCCCAAAGGAAUAGCUUUGAAAGCCAAGAAACCUUCAAUUUCAGAGAAACUGCCUGUGAACACCAAAGAAAAAGAGGAAAAGAUGCAGGAAGAUAGAGAUAAACAAUUUGGCAUUCAGAAUAAAUGUUACGCUUCCAACCCUCUUCCACCUUACUCUGAAUUAGACACAGGAAUAAAAGGAGAGGAAGACAUACAAGGAAUAACAAGAUUUCGUUGUUCACCACUAACACUCCAGGCAUUAUCAGAUACGAUGAAAAUACUUGAAGAGUCAAGUGAUGAUCUUUUAAGCCAAAUUAGAAAAGUGAAACAUAUGCCACAGAAAGAUGAAGGUAGAGGGAAAAUAGCUUUGGAAGAAAUAAGGCAUCCCAAAGGAGUAGCUUUGAAAGCCAAGAAACCUUCAAUUUCAGAGAAACUGCCACUGAACGUCAAAGAAAAAGAGGAAAAGAUGCAGGAAGACAAAGAUAAACAAGUUGGGAUUCAGAAUAAAUCUUACGCUUCCGUCCCUCUUCCACCUUACCCUGAAUUAGACACAGGAAUAAAAGGAGAGGAAGACAUGCAAGGAAUAACAAGAUUUCGUUGUCCACCACUAACACUCCAGGAAUUAUCAGACACAAUGAAAAUACUUGAAGAGUCAAAUGAUGAUCUUUUAAGCCAAAUUAUAAAAGCGAAACAUAUGGCACGGAAAGAUAAAGGUAGAGGGGAAAUGGCUCUGGAUGAAAUAACGCAUCCCAAAGGAGCAGCUUUGAAAGCCAAGAAACCUUCAAUUUCAGAGAAAUUGCCACUGACCAUCAAAGAGAAAAAAAUGCAGGAAGACAAAGAUAAACGAGUUGGAAUUCAGAGUAAAUCUUGUGCUUCUAUCCCUCUUCCACCUUACCCUGAAUUAGACACAGGAAUAAAAGGAGAGGAAGGCAUGCAAAGAAUAACAAGAUUUCGUUGUUCACCACUAACACUCAAGGAAUUAUCAGAUACAAUGAAAAUAUAUGAGGAGCCAAUUGAUGAUCUUUUAAGCCAAAUUAGAAAAGCGAAACAUAUGCCACAGAAAGAUAAAGGUAGAGGGGAAAUGGCUUUGGAAGAAAAAACACAUCCCAAAGGAGUAGCUUCGAAAGCCAAGAAACCUUCAAUUUCAGAGAAACUGCCACUGAACGUCAAAGAAAAAGAGGAAAAGAUGCAGGAAGACAAAGAUAAACAAGUUGGGAUUCAGAGUAAAUCUUACGCUUCCAUCCCUCUUCCACCUUACCCUGAAUUAGACACAGGAAUAAAAGGAGAGGAAGACAUGCAAGGAAUAACAAGAUUUCGUUGUCCACCACUAACACUCCAGGAAUUAUCAGACACAAUGAAAAUACUUGAAGAGUCAAAUGAUGAUCUUUUAAGCCAAAUUAUAAAAGCGAAACAUAUGGCACGGAAAGAUAGAGGGGAAAUGGCUCUGGAAGAAAUAACGCAUCCCAAAGGAGUAGCUUUGAAAGCCAAGAAACCUUCAAUUUCAGAGAAAUUGCCACUGACCAUCAAAGAGAAAAAAAUGCAGGAAGACAAAGAUAAACGAGUUGGAAUUCAGAGUAAAUCUUACGCUUCCAUCCCUCUUCCACCUUACCCUGAAUUAGACACAGGAAUAAAAGGAGAGGAAGGCAUGCAAGGAAUAACAAGAUUUCGUUGUCCACCACUAACACUCCAGGAAACAUCAGAUACAAUGAAAAUACUUGAAGAGUCAAAUGAUGAUCUUUUAAGCCAAAUUAGAAAAGCCAAACAUAUAGCACAGAAAGAUAAAGGUAGAGGGGAAAUGGCUUUGGAAGAAAUAACACACCCCAGAGGAGUAGCUUUGAAAGCCAAGACACCUUCGAUUUCAGAGAAACUGCCAGUGAACAUCAAAGAAAAAGAGAAAAAGAUUCAGGAAGAUAAAGAUAAACAAACCGGGAUUCAGAGUAAAUCUUAUGCUUCCAUCUCUCUUCCACCUUACUCUGAAUUGAACACAAGAAUAAAAGGAGAGGAAGACAUGCUAAUAAAAACAAGAUCUUUUCCACAACUAAAUCUUCAGGAGCCACCAUAUACAAAGAAAAUAGCAUAUAAAAGGUCUAUUUGUGGUGACAUUUCAAACAGUGUAAAAAAAGCCAAAGAACAUAUGAUGCAGGAAGAAGAGAAAGUAAAAGUGGCUAAAGUUAUACCUUUGAAGGAAAUGAAAUCAUUGGUUUCACAGGAAUUUCAGUUGGACAUCAAACAGCAAGAGAAGAAGGUACAAAAAGCUAAAGGUAAACCAAGUAAAGUUCUGUCUAAUACCAGCACUUCCAUACCACCCCCAUCUCAUCUAAAAUUAGAUACAGGAAUGAAAAUAGAGGAAAAUAUAAUGGAAAUAAAACGAAACUCUCUUUCAGAACUGUCACACCAGAAAUCAUCCGAUGCAGUGAAAACAGCUAGUAAAGAGUCCAUUGGGGGUGAUAUCAUUAGUGAUGCACAAAAAGCAGAAAAAUAUAUGCUACAGAAAGAAGAGGAUAAAGUACAGACAUCAGCCACAGGAGAAAUAAUACAUCCAAGAGGUAAAGAUUUGAAAGUAAAGAAAGCAUUUCCACAGGACCUAUCAUUGAACCUUAAGGAAGGUAAAUGUGAAAAGGAAGCAUCCUUGACCACAAAUUGGGUUCAUGAAUCUUUUCUAACUCACCAUGAGUUGGACAAAAGAAUAGAAAGAGAAAAAGAUACACGAGAAACAACAAGAUCCGCUAUUUUACAACUACAGCCCCAGAAAUCAUUUGAUUCCGGGAAAAUAGCACAUACGAAGUCAAUUGGGAAUGAUAUCCCAAAUGAUGUAAAAACAGUACAGGAGUACAAGCCAGAGACAGGAGAGGAGAGAGGAAAACCAUUAAAUGCGAGAUACAUAACGCACCCCAAAGGCACAGCCUCCAAGGCAAAGAAAUUACCACUUUCACGUGUGUGCAGUAUCACUAGUGGACCCCAAACUAGAGAAGUACAGAUGAAUAUAAAAGAGAAAACGGGAUAUCUACAGGAAAGAAAAGGUAAACGAGCAGAGGUGCUGACAAUACCGUCUCAACGUCACUUUAAAUUAGACACAGGUGCAGAAAGCAAGAAAGACAAACUAAGAGUAGCAAGGUCUUUUCUUCCACCGCCAUGUCACGUGGAACCAUCAGUUGCAGGUAAACAAAAAUAUGCAAUGUCGACUUUGAAUGAUAUCUUAGGUGAUUUACAAAGAACAAAAUACAUGAGACAAAGAGAGGACGAAGUAAACAUUGCUGUUGAGAAGGGCAUAAUGCGUCCUAAGUACCUGGCUUUGAAGGCAAAGAAAUCACCCCUUUCCCAAACACUCAAUACAAAAGAACUUCGGUUGACCAUUAAAGAGCAAGAGAAAAGGGGGCAGGAAGGUAAAGGUAAAACAGUUGUGAUCCUGAGCAAAACUUGUACUUUUGCAACUUCUUCAACUCACCUUAAAUUAGACACAAUAAAAGAAGAGGGUGAGCUAGGAAUAAUAAGAGACUAUGUGCCACAUCUUGAGCUCUGGGAAUCAUUGGCUUCUGGGCAAAGAGCAUCUACAGAGUCAGUGGAGAGUAACAUUUUGAGCCCUACAAAGAAACGAAAACGACAUCUACAACAGAAAGAAGACUUAGUAAAAACAGCCACGAAUGGGUUGAUGCACCCCAAAGACACAGUUUUCAAAGCAAAAACAUCACCACUUCCAUUUAUGUUCAGCAUCACUGAGGAUGGUUCUCUGACCAAGAGAAAGGAACCACAGUGGAGCAUUAAAAGGAAAGUAGAACUGGAGCUGGAAAGAAAAGGAGAACCUGAUGUAAUUCUGACAAAAACUCAUACUUCCAUGCCUUCUGCAUCUCACCAUAGAUUGGAUACAAGAAUCAAAGUAGACAAAGACUCACUUAAAAUUGCAAGAUGCUCUCUUUCACAAUUAAAGAUUCAUGUACCAUCAGAUGCAGGGAAAAUCAGAUGUGCAGAGUCAAAUAGCUCAUAUAAUGUAAUAAAAACAAAUCGGCAUAUGCCACAUACAGAGGCAAAAUACAGCGAAAAAAUGGAAGAUAGGAAAGGUAUAACACUCCCCAAAUUAAUAACUUUGAAAUCAAAGCCAUCCCCACAUCUAUCCAAUAGAAAGAAACUACCUUUGAAUAUUAAAGAGCGAGGAGAUAAAGCUCAGGAAGGCAAAGGUAAACCAGGAAUGGUUCUCAGAAAAACUUCUGCUUCUGUACCUUCUCCAUACCUUAAACGGAACACUAGAAUGAAUGAAAAAGAAGGCAAACUAGGAAUAACACAAUCCUGUUUUCCAUCACCAAAGAGUCAAGAUCCAUCAGAUUCCUUCAAAAAAGCAUAUAAUGAGUCAAUUGAUGAUUAUAUGUUAUGCAGCGGAAAAGGAUCAGUACGGUCUAUAACACAGAAAGAAGAGGAAGAUAGACUCAAAAUAGAUAUGAAAGGCAAAAUGCUCCCAACAAAUACAGAUUUGAAGGCAAAUAACUUACAGUGGGAAAUUGAAGAGCAAGAGAGAGCGUUGCAGGAAGACAAAAAUGAACUCGUUCUAGGUCUGAAAACCAUUUGUGUCUCUUUACUUACUCUACCACAUCUUAAAUAUGAUACAGCAGAAGGAGAGGGAUACAUGGUAAGAAUUACAAAAUUGCCUCUUCCACAACUAAAGUCCAAGGAAUCAUUGGAUGCAGAGAAAAUAGCAUAUCCUGAAACGAUUGCUGGAAAACUCUCAAGUGAUGUAAAAGAAUUAAGAGAACAGAUGCUACAGCGAGAAGAGGAUAGAGAAAAAACCGUGGAUAUGAAUGACAUAGUGGCUCCCAAUGAUAUGUAUUUAAAGGCAAAGAAACCACCUAAUUUACAUACACACAACCUAAGUGACAUGAAAACUAAAGAGCAAGAGGAAAAGGUCCAAGGAGAUAAAGGCGAUCCAGAUAGAAUGUUGACUAAAACUUGUGCUUCUAGAUCUUCCCCACCUCUCCUUCAAAUGAAUAACAGAAUCCAGGAAGAAGGCAUGCCAAUAUUAACAAGAUCCUCCUUUUCACAAGUCAACGUCCAAGAAUCAUCAGAUUCUGGGGAAGUAGUAUAUGCAAAGCCAAUGACUAGUGAUGUCUUAAUCAGCCUGAAAAAAGGAAGACAACAUAUGCCAGAACAAAAGGAAGAGGAUGGAGCGGAAAUAGCAAACAUCGUAAUGCUCCCUAAACAUCAAGAAGAGAAGGUACAGGAGUGCAGCCAUGGACCUGGUGUGCUUCUGACUCAACCUUCUACUUCAUUGCCAUCUCUGUCUCACCUCAAAUUGGAUAAAGAAAUACAAGUGGAUGAGGAAAUGCUAGGAAGUACAGGCUCCAUUUUGCAGACAAUGGCAAAUGCAAGGGAAAUCAUACUUAGAGAAUCAAUUGAUGGUGAUAUCACAAAAGAUAUCAAAAACAGAAAACAACUUAUGCUUCGGAAAGAAGAGAGGGACAGAGAAAAAACAGUAGCUGAAAGAGACACAAUGCAACCCACAGCUGUAACUCUGAAGACAAAGAAAUUACCUCCUUCAAAUGGGCUCCAUAGAACAGAACUGCAUCUGAACAUUAGAAGUCAAGCACAAAACGGACAGGAAAGUCAGGCUAAACCACCACACGUGGUUCUAAGAAAAAUUUAUACUUCUGAACCGUUUCCAUCUGACCUUCAACUGGAUAAAGGUACACAAGUAGAUGAAGAAAUGUUAGAAAUUAGAAAAUCCUCUCUGUGCCCACUGCAGCUUUCAGCAGCAUCAGAUGCAAAGAGAAUAGAGGCAAUUGAUGGUGACGUAAGGACGGCAAAACAACAUAUGUCACAGAAAGAAGAAAGGUACAAGGUGAAAACAGUAGACAGGAAGAUGGAGAUGCAUGGCAAAGGUGCAAAGAGUUCACCCAUUUCACAUAUGCUUAAUACAACGAAACUGGUGUUAAAUAUUAGAGAACCAGAGGGAAAAAGGCCUGAAGGUAAAGAUGAACCAUGUGUGGUGCUGACAAAGACUUUUCUUCCCAUACCAUCUGCACCUUCCCUUUUUACGGAUUCAGGAAUCAAAAUGGACACAGACACACCAGAAAUCACCGGACCCUCUCUUCCACAACAAAAUCACCAGGAAUCGUCAGAUACCCAGAAGCUUGCAAACAGAACGUCCACUGAUGAUGAUAAUGAAAAUAGUUUUAAAAGAACGGAACACCAUUUGCCACAGGAAGCGACGGUGCAACCGUAUACCUUAAACUUUCUGAUCAGUGUACGGCACAGUGAGGAACCUCCGCGAGUGAAAUCAGAAGGAGAUCUGAAUCGCUCAGUCUUAAAGUCACAGGAAGAGGACAUUUAUUUCACAGGAUUCGGUACUAUAAGCAGUAGGAAAAGGCUGGAAUGGCUCUUUACAGGGCAAAAGGCUCAGCCAGAAAAAUACAAAACAGAAACACUUAGCACAUUUAGUCCAACUAAAAUUAGAAAAAUGCGUCCUAAGGUUUCAGUUCCACUGUCAAGGAAAGUAUCCAAGGAAAACUCUGUCACAUUUGGCACUCCUGCAGGUUCAAAAGGACCAGAAUUGUCUGUUUCAGAGCAAGAUGCCCUGCAACGAGACAUUUCAUCAAAAGCAUCUCUAGAAUCUAUGGAUUCAUGUAAAUUUGUUAAGCCAGGAAAAGGUGUACAGAGUAACAGCAGAAUAAGCCAAGUGCUUUCUCCCCAGGCGUUAGUACCCCAGACAAAAAAAUCAUCAGAGAAAAUGAAUGUCACAGAGUUGAAUACCUCCCAAAGUAUGGAAGAACAAGAAAUGUUCACGAAAAAGCAAAUGGAGCAGCAGUCUGCGAGUAAACAUGAGAGCAUGUCCAACUCUAUCUUUUCUCUUAAGUUUUCACUUCAAAAUGGAGAGCAGAAGACAGUACUGGAAAUAGAUGUGAACAAGAAAACUACAGUGUCCCCUAGAGUACUACCAGAAAUACAGGAUAUUACACAGCUUGACGACACAAGAGGAAAAAAAGAGCCAGCAAUCCUUGUUUCCGAACUAGUGGGAUGUAUUCUAGAAUCACUUCAGAAAUCUCUGGUUCCCCAGUUGGCUUUUCUACUUCACUCUAGAGAUCUGGAGGGAAAAAGAGAAAAUGACACAAACACUAUUCUAAAUCUGGAACAGAAAAAAUUGGAAAUGGACAAUAACAGUACCAUGAAUCAGGAAGAAGAGAAAUUAAACAUAGAUACAAGCAAAGCUGUACAACCAAAAGAGGAGAAAAUAGAAACACCCAAGAACAGUACUGUGAAUCUGGAGAAGGACAGAAUGAAAAUGGACUCAAGCCCUACUGUAAAUAUGGAUGACCCAUCUGUAAAGGCAGAGGAAUCUCAAAUUAAGACUCAGGCAAUGGCUCAUAGCAUGGACAACUGCUCAGUCGAGCAAAAACAUAAAGAAGAACCGGAAGUGUCAAGUGCAAAGCAAAACACUCAGCCACGGAAACUUUCUCAAAGAACUGUUCUGGAUUCAUUUUACGCCUAUAUUCCUCUUUCUUCCAAAUUUGAAGGCCGGAAAGGUAGAUUAACAAUAACAGAUUUGAAAAGAGAAUUGAGCCCCAACUAUUUAACUAUGAAAGCUCCAACUCGCCCAAUUUCACAGAUACUUAGGAUCACAGGACAUGGUACUCCAAACAACAGAAAGAAAUUAGAGUAUAACUUCGACAAACAAAAGAAAGUGGAUUUGUGGAAUAAAGGUGCCUCAGGAAUAUUUAUCAGAAGCCUCUCUGUUUCUACCAUGAGUCCACCUCACACUGAAGAAGCAGUAGAAUCUGAGACAAACUCAGAAAGGGAACGGAGAAGCUGUCAUUCGAAAUUCCGGAAGAAAUCACCAAUUGCGAGGGCAGUUGCUGAGCGGGCUUCCUCAAGCACUGUAAAAGAAGGGAAACAGAAUUUUACAAAAGCAGUCCCAGAAGAUUCCCAGCCAUUCGGGGUUGAUGAACAACAAAUGAAGAAACUUCUUAGUGUCCAGGCGAACCUUAGUGGUGAAAUAAGUAAAACAAAUUUAACUCCACAAACAGAAGAGGUUGUUCCAGGGCAUGGUGCCUCAAAAAGUAUAAAAGAACCUGGUUUGCAUAUUAUUGAUCAAGAAGAAAAUAUAACCGAACUCAUUCUGGAACCCACAAAGUGCCCAGUGGUACUUAAAGAUCCAAAGGAAAAUGUAGAUACACAUAGGGAAAGUCCCAUAAGUAUGAAUGUUCCACCUCUAGGCGUGGAGAAAUCACAAUGUGGGAUACAGCUCUCUGGUACCAUGGAGUGUGCUUCACCACCCAAGCAAAAGGAUUCGAACGAACCAGUAUGGGACACAACCAUACAAAAGAUGCAACAACAAAAAGCUUUACCAGGAUCUGUUUAUUCCCCCGUGCCCGUACCACCCCAAACUGAAAGGAAUGAAAUGAAAAUAGUGGCAGAUGGUACAAGUACAGAAAGUUCACUUCCUGUUAGUGAAGAAAUUAAAGAUGUCCUUGAAUCCCAGGGAAAAAAUAUGAUGGCUGAGAGGAAUCAAAAGUUUGGCAACCAAAGAGACGAGUCUUUAGAGGAACAAUCACUAGCUUCCGUCAAGUUCAAAGACAGAGUUCCUGCUGAUAAACUGGAGAAAGUGCAAGACCAUGAACCUGAUGACUUGAAGUCGUCAACAACAGCAUAUCCCAAAUUGCAACCAACACCCUUUUUUGAUUUUACUACUGAAGGAAGAAAUAAACUCAUUAACCCCUUAGAUUCAAAAGCCCUUGAAAUAAAACUGAGUCUGAUACCAGAAAUAGCAGAUAAAUCCUUCCAGAAGUUGGACACUCAUCCAAAACAAGCUCUUUCAGAAGAAGAUAGCAGUUGGGGGCCGUAUCCAAGAUACAAAACAGCGUGUGUUAUGUCUCUAGAAGGGAUUGAUACUUUGGAACUUAAUUUAAGACAAAAAGAAUCACCUGUCCGCUGUAUGAAGCCACUGAUUGUUAAUGUUUCAAGUGGCAAUGAGGAGAUGAUUACAAAGUUAAAGAGUGCUCAUAAACUGGUAUUCGGUGGAAAAUCCUCCAUGACCCCUGCUGGUAAUGAGAUGCCAUCGCCUCAUGUUCUCAAUAACUGCUCAGUAGAAGAAAAAGAUAAACUUCUCAUGCACUUUUCUAUGAAAACAUUGGAGAUUCAGAUGAAAGCAUUUCCCAAAAUUGUAAGAGAAUCCUAUGCAGCGGCCAGUGUUCAGGGCAGAAGGAAACCUUUAUCGAAAUGUAUUCAUUCUGCUGUCAAAGUUCCAAAACGAAGAAACAAAGUUUUGUUAUUGUUUGAGGAGAAAUCUCUUCAUAAAAUAGAUCUUGAUUUACAAUACAAAUACCUUUGUUUUCACCUGGGCCUUACUGCUGAGAGUACAUCCCCUCAAACAAAUGCACUUCCCCAACGUGAAUUAAAUACAAGUACGAUACGUAAAAAAGUAGACGAUGUUGGAGAAAGUCUUCAUCUGCCAGUUGAUACAAAACCGUUAGAACCACGUAUCUCUUUCAGAAACCCAAGUCCUCCUGAAAGCUCAUCACCGAUCGGAAAAUUUCCAGAGCCGACUCAGGUGGGUGCUUCUGCCUCUGAUCUGCACAGCACAGUGCUAAAAGAGACUCACGUGUCAGAAUCAAAACCUCCGGCAACUCCAGAAAAAGAUAAAGAAUAUCACGUCUGGUUUCAAAAAACAAACACAUACAAAUCUUUGGACUUUAAAACUCAGGGAAAUGUGAGUUUCACUGAUACACAUUCAACUGAGAUUUCUGAAGGCAUUACUGAUGUUCAGACAAAUAUGGAGAGCUCAGCUAACGUAGAAAAAUGUCCGUCUCUCGAAGUAUAUGAGAGUGAGGAAUACAUAUUUUUAGAAGCCAGCCCUUAUUUAAGUCAGGAACCACGAAGUAUUCCAUUUGAAUUACAAGGAGUCAUUCCUCUGGAAAAUAUCAAAACUGAUUUGAAACAAUUCUACAGUGAAGAUUCACGUUCCCAUAGUAUUAGAGGCUGUAAAAAACACACCUUAAUUAUGCCACCACGUUCUUAUAAACCCCACAAAAAGAAGAAAUAUAGAUCAUCUUCCAAAAUGCAAUCUCCUGGUUGGUUUUGCCAUAGUUCCUUAAAUACUGCAAAAAUUCAGUCCAUGUCAUCUGUAUCGUUCAGCGAAGAGAAACUCUCAUGGACUACAACAAGCAAAACAAGCUACUCUGUUGUUCCCUUAACUCAAUCAAACAUCAAAUUACAUCUUGCAGAAAAUCAAGGCAAACCUCACACGCAUCUAGAAAGCACAGAAAAAAAGAAGCCAAAAUUUGACUUAUUUAGAAAGAACAACAUUCACUUGGACUGUGAUUAUGGUUACACACUAAGUAAAGAGAAAAGGCCAAGAAAAAAGAAAGUGGGUAAUUAUGAAUCAGAAUUUUCAGAAUGGUAUUUCCAAAGCAGACAUAAGUCAGCGUCAAAACCUCAACAAGAAUAUAUCAACCACCAUGCUGCAACAAACCAAAGCAAGCCAUUUUUUUAUGCCUGUAUACCAGCAGACUCGAUGGAGGUCAUUCCCAGAACCAUCCGCUGGACAGUUCCUACCAAAACCUUAAGGAAGAGAAACUUCAGAAUUCCCCUGGUGGCAAAGAUGUCAAAUUCCUGGAAUAUAUGGAGUUCAUCCAAAAAGUUGUUGGGGUCAUUCUCAGGGUCCUUUAGCUCAAGUCCAGUUCAUCAAAAGUGAUAUUACAAUAUCUACAUUUCUCUUAAGUGGAAAGCUGGUUGCUGUUGGGGUAUUCUGUAAGAAAUAAAACAGAUGCUUUCUUCAUGAAGUGUUGUCUAAGGUGAUGUAUUUUAUUUCUACAUUAGCCUUGUACAGUUGUUUCAGGGGGUUAGAAUGGGAAGCCACCUGACUGGGUUUGUUCCUACCAUGCACGAGGUCUCCCUUUAAUUUAUGCUGCCUUCUUAUAAUUCUAAGAGAGAAGCCCUCACUUCAUCCUACACCAACGAUUGAAGGGUGAGUCAGAGGAACUGCAGCCCGUGAGCCCGAGAGCGAAUGGCUAGAGAGGUAGGAAGGCAGGGACAUAGAAACUAAAAGAGGGAGAAUUUCAAGUAAGCAUGAAGGCUCAACAAUGUCAAAUGAUACACAGCUCUGAGCUAAGUACUGAAUUAUGCCUAUUGGGCUUGACAACCAGACUGAAUAUUUUAGUAUUUCUUAUUGCAGAGAAUUUUUAAUAUACACAAAAAGACUCCAGAUAGUGUGAUGGACCUCUCUGUACCCAUCAUCCAGUCCCCAAACUUUCGACCCAUAGCCAGACCUGCCUUAUACACUUUCCAUCUACUUCUGCGUUAGUAUUUUGAAGCAAAUCCCAGGUAUAUAUCAUUUUGUCUGUAAAUGUUCUAUUAUGUAUCUGCAAGAACUAUUU